AUGAAACUUGCCGCCGACAUGGCAAACAACAUCAGCACCAACAACAACACUCUGUCAAUAAACGAUUAUUACGAUUACGCCGACAGACCAGAGACAUACAUCGUUCCCGCUUUGUUCGCCAUCAUAUUCGUCAUCGGCAUGAUCGGUAACGUCACUUUGGUGUUGAUAUUUGUUCGGAACAAGCAGAUGAGGAACGUGCCCAAUAUUUACAUAAUCAACCUAGCACUGGGUGAUUUGUUAGUGAUCAUCAGCUGCGUGCCGUUUACGUCUACCGUAUAUACGUUCCCUUCGUGGCCUUACGGUCUGGCCGUGUGCAAAGUGUCGGAGACGGCCAAGGACGUUUCGAUCGGCGUUUCCGUGUUCACGUUGACCGCGCUAAGCGCCGACCGUUAUUUUGCCAUCGUGAAUCCGAUGCGCAAGAUGCACGCGUCCACCGGCGGACGGUUCGCCACCCGGUUCACGUUAACCGUGGCCGCGGCUAUCUGGGCGGCGGCCGUGGCGUGCGCCGUACCCGCCGCCCGGUUCUCGUACGUCCGCCAGUUCCGCGUGCACAACGUCACGCUGUUCGAGGCCUGUUACCCGUUCUCCGAGCACCUCGGGCCCACCUAUCCCAAGGUCAUGGUGACCGUCAAGUUCCUCGUCUACUACGCCGUCCCGCUCGCUGUCAUCGCGUGCUUCUACGUGCUCAUCGCUCGGUACCUGGUGCACACCACCAACAACAUGCCCGGCGAACUUCAGGGACAAAUACGUCAAGUUCGAGCUCGAAAAAAAGUUGCUAAAGCAGUGCUCGCCUUUGUGUUGAUGUUUGCCAUCUGCUUUCUACCUCAUCACAUUUUCAUGCUGUGGUUUUACAACUAUCCCAAAUCAACGGACGAGUACAACACUUUCUGGCAUGUAUUACGAAUUGUUGGAUUUUGUCUAAGUUUCAUAAACUCUUGUAUCAACCCUAUUGCCCUGUAUUUGGUGAGUGGUACUUUUCGCAAACAUUUCGACAAGCAUUUGUUCUGGUGGUGCAUAGAAUCUUCGACAGCCACCACGGAAUCUAACUUGUUCGUGAUAAAAAAGAACGGAAUCGUGAGUCGAGACAUAAAAAUUACAGAGUCCAUAUCGAUGCACACAGUUACAAACAAAAAUCGAAGUAAUAAGACUUUUACUAUGACCACGAAUAUUGUAGGUCAAAAUAUCAAGUGCACCCAACAAGGGAUGAAAGAAGGGUGGAUGCCACCCUCUAUAUAA